AUGUCUCCACGAAGAAGCAACAUCAGAAGAACCGCCUGCAUUACCAAUAAAAGCCAUCAUUCAUGGAGCGCCAAAGAGAAGCUUAUGGUUAUUAAUUACUAUGAGCAUAUUAAAAAUGUGAGAGCCACUGCAAAAAGAUUUGAAAUCGAACCAAAGCAGGUUCGUGAAUGGCUGAACAAAAAGCAAGAGCUUCUGAGUAUCGCACCCUACAUUUUAAUGCUUAAUCGUGGUCGUCAGGCCCAAUUUCCGUUAUUAGAAGAAAGGCUUGUGUGUCGCCGUUAUAAUGAGUGGAUGUCUACUGCGAUCCAUCAAUUAACACCUGCUGAUCAUUUUAGAAAACCAUUAUACACUACUCUUGCACAAUGGGCAUUUAAGUGCUGUGGUGUUUCGGUUAAAAUGGAUGGAGUGGAAGAUGAUCAGGUUUUUGAUUAUGAGUUGUUGAAUGAAAAUCCAACAGAUGAAAAUGAUGAAAAUUCUGAAGUAAUUAAUGGUGAUGAUAUUGAAGGUGAGAUUUAUGAAGAAGUUGAAGAUGAUAACAAUGUUUGGGAAUACGGGAUACAACUUAUGGGAGGAUAUAUGAGUCGGGGGGUACCAUGA